CAUUUGUGCCCAUUGGUCUACUUCCAGCAUCGCCCCGACCAAGGAUGCCGCUUCGAAAUGAAAGCCCACAACCACGGUACUCUCGUAUUCCACUUUCCUGCUAAGACACUUUCUUACUGCCGCCGUGUUCAGUGCGUCCAGCGCAACGUUUCGGUCGUGUCGCGUGCAUCCUCGAGAUAAAUGCGCCAAAAUGCGUUCACACAUCUUCGGAAUUUUCGCCCUGGUGUUAGCGUCGCAGUGUGACUACGGAUCUUCCGGAAAUAACUUCAGGAAUGGCGCUCAGUUGGAUUAUCGGGAGAUAGCAAGACAGAAUAAAAUAACAGAGCAGAUUUUGCAAAACUACUUGGAAAAGCGCCUUUUUCCGAACAACCAUCGCCCAUCCAAAGCCCCGACCGUGUGGGACAUUUUGCCCAGGGCACGGAGGAAACCCACGAACAAUAUACAGGAUGUCCUCAACACCACCGAGACGCUCGAGAGCGGCGAGUCGGAGCGAGUUUCGUUCUAUAACGAAGAAGCCAAAGAGGAGGACGUGGAAACAGAAGAUUGCCCCAACUGCAUCGACGACUCGGUGCCCUCGGCCAACAGGUGGACGAUGCCGCUGCUCAAGCUCGGCGAAAAGCGCUACUAUUUGGGGAUUUUCUUCAAGGCAAACUACUUUCGAGCUACACAGUAUUGCAGAUUUCACGGCAUGCAUCUAGCCAGCAUAACGUCGCAGGAAGAGAACGACAAGUUGGAGAAAUACAUCAAAGAUUUUGGCUUGGGCCAUGAGCACUUCUGGACUUCCGGCACCGACUUGGCCGACGAAGGCCACUUCUUCUGGAUGUCCACGGGCCGGCCCAUCACCUUCACCAACUGGAACGCCGGCGAGCCUAACAACUUCCAGUACGAAAACGGGGAAGAGGAAAACUGCCUGGAACUCUGGAACCGCGACGGCAAGGGCCUCAAAUGGAACGACUCCCCAUGUUCGUUCGAAACUUACUUUGUGUGUGAAGUGCAACAGUGAUAGUUAGUAACAAGUGAUGUAAAAGUGAUAAGUCACUGCCUGAGACUUGGUAUAAUAGUGCUUCGAGCCUAGUAUUACGUUCAGUCGAGAAACAGGCCCGGACUGACGACGUGUUCUUGUAUGAUAGGAUGAAUGGAAGUCAAAGACCAUAAACAUGUGCAAUUAGUAUAGGAUUUGCUGUUAAGUAAAUGUAUUUAAUUUUUUACCAAUUCUGUUAAGCUAGUGUUGUAUUUACACGAUAUAUGCGUUCAUAACCUAAGUCAUGUUUUUAUACAGCGUAUGAAAGGUGUGUAAUGUCAGAACCAUUGUACAAAGUCGAAUAAACAUGUAAUAUUAUUUAAGAAGAUGUUUGUUAUUUUAAUUUGUAAAUAAGCAGAGAAUCGUAGGAAUAACGAUCUUAAUGGAUUGUGGUGGCGAGGAAAGUAUAAAUAGAAAAUUCUUGACGCAGUAGAAAUUCGCAAUUCAUUUCUAUUCAGUGAAAAAUUUUAUAGAAGAAAAUUAGUACACGUGAUUGUUAAAGGCAGGAGAUAACGUAAUACGUGAGUGUAUGAUUAGAAUGUACAUUAACUGUAUCUGUGUAUAUUAAAAAAAAGGUAUUACUUAUUGUGCAUACAUAAAUGAUGAAUUAGGUAAUCGUUAUUUGUGUACUUAGCAGGCGACGCAGUAUUUUAACACACGAGUAGUACACUCAAAAUUUUUGUACAACUCCAAAUGUUUGUUUUGUAACGUUUUUUGAAUAAAGCACAUCAUUAUGUAUAAAUAUCUUGA